ACGAAAGAAAAAAGUUGGGACUGUGUUGGAGUCAAGUCAGUUGGUUUGGAUCGAUCGUCUCUACACAUAUAUCCCUUUUCUAGCUGAUCAUGUUUCCCUUAUAGUUUCUCAUCUCAAAAACAGCCUCACGAUCACUAUGGCUCCUACCGUUACUUCCUACGAGGGAAACUCUCGACUUCGUCGAGUCCGAGCCGCCGCUGCUCUUGCCGGUGUCGAGCUCAUCUACGACUCUUCCUUCACUUUCAAGAGUGACUGGAAGACUCCCGAGUUCUUGCAAAAGUUCCCAUUGGGAUACCAACCUACUUUGGAGGACGGUGACUUUUACUUGCAGGAGAGUUCGGCUAUCGCAGAAUACGUCGCCACUUUGGCACCCAACUCCACCGUUGUGCCCUCCGACAAGAAGCAGCUUGCUCUCUGCCACCAAUGGCAAUGCUUUGCUGACCAGGAAAUCUACAUGAAGCACAACGCCGCCAGCACCAUCAUCAACGGAUCUGUCCCUUACAACAAAGUCACCUACCAAUUCUUCUUUGACAAGCUCGUCUCUCGAUUGGAGACUCUUGAAAAGAUCCUCGCCGACAAGACUUUCCUCGUUGGAGAGAGAAUCACCAUUGCCGAUAUCUGCGUCGCUACCGCUUUGACCAACGUUUUCAGUGGACUCGUUGACAAGUCCAUCCGGGCAAAGCUCCCCAACACUUUGCGAUACCUCGACUCUAUCGUCAAACACCCCAAGCUCAUCGCUCUCUUUGACAAUGGAGACCUCAAAUUCACCGACGAGCCCGUCACCCCUGCCCAACCUGCCAAAGAGGCCAAACCCGCUAAGGAGUCCAAACCCGCCGAGCCCAAAGCGCCCAAAGCUACCAAGGCCCCCAAGGCCAAGGAGGCCGAUGAGGAGGAGGAGGAGCCUUUGGUUCCGGCCGAGCCCAAAGUCAAGAACCCUCUUGAUGACCUGCCUAAAUCCACCUUCAACCUGGAAGAGUGGAAGAGACAGUACAGCAACUUGGACACCCGUGGUGAGGCUCUCCCAUGGUUCUACCAGAACUUUGACAAAGAGGGCUUCUCCAUCUGGCGUGUCGACUUCAAGUACAACGAGGAGUUGACCCAGACCUUCAUGUCCAACAACCAGAUUGGAGGAUUCUUCAACCGUCUCGAAGCUUCCCGAAAAUACCUUUUCGGAUCAAUGGGAGUCUUGGGCAAGACCAACGACUCUAUCAUCUCUGGAGCUUUGAUCGUCCGAGGAAAGGACGUCAAGCCAGUUGUCGACGUCGCUCCUGACUGGGAAUCUUACGAGUACAAGGAGAUCAGCCUCGACAAUGAAGAGGACAAGAAGUUCUUCGAAGGCGCCAUGGCCUGGGACCUCGAAAUGUCCGGCAAGAGCUGGGUUGACGGAAAGAACUUCAAGUAGACUGGCGUACUGUCAGGCUUCUGGGGCGUUUCUGAAGAUUUCGGAUCGGUAUCGGGA